CAAACGCGAUCCUUGAUUGGCGAAAUAUAUAAUCACACGCAAAAAUUCCUGCAAAAGUCUGCAAAUUCUGAAGCACUUUCAGCCAGCGAAAAUGUCUACGAUCACAGAGAUGCGGGUUCACAUGGACUGCGCCGGUUGCGAGAGCAAGGUCAGAAGUGCUCUUCAGAAACUAAAAGGGGUGGAUGACAUUGACAUAGACAUGGCCAUGCAGAAAGUGACGGUCACCGGAUGGGCUGAGCAGAAGAAGGUUCUGAAAACAGUCCGGAAAACCGGCAGGAGGGCGGAGCUAUGGCAGCUGCCGUACAAUCCAGAUAAUAACAGUUUAUUAUUUAAUCAACACGAAUGUAAUGGUCCGGUGAACCACUAUGCCUCCCAGCCUUCUUCUUCUUACAACUACUACAAACAUGGAUAUGAUAGCCAGAAUGCCGCCUAUUAUAAUUACACUGCUCAGACGUCGUCCAUCUUCAAUCAUCAAACAGGUGCAUCGUUUAGUGAUGAGAACCCCCAUGCUUGUUCUAUAAUGUAAUCCAUCAAGAAAUAAAAAAGAAGGUGUAUGAUUCUAAUUAUUAUUGUAACUUUCUACGCUCUUGUUUUUGCUAAGAGC